UCUAUGCAUUGAAUGACGCCGAGCAUGUCGCCGCCUAGUGGCGCACACGAACACAGCGCACAACACGACGACCGACACGAUUUCACAACCAGAGUGGUAAUAGUGUCAAGGCAGAAAGACCGUACCGCUACCCAGCCCCUCAACUCUCGUGUUUGUACCGGAUUCUGCUGUCGCCGACCUUUCAAUCUGUCUACUGAUCUGAAGGCUGUAAAUGCUGUCAUCACUUCUGCAUCCACCUACUCCUCUUGUGUAAUCUUGUGUGAUCUCAAGGCAUGGAUGUCACGGUGCGCCUUGGCAGGAUAAAAUAUUGUAAUCCGAAUUGAGUAGGCUACAGUCUGCGAGGAUUUAGCACUGGUUUACACAAUCAACUAACUUGACAUUCAAGUUAAAGUGUAGCCUAGUGCAAUUAAGCUGUGAAAAGUGGAAACCGACCUGACCGUAACUGCAACGGAUAUGUUUUGACUGGUGAGGGUCCGAUUUCGGAAUGAAGGCGGCUGUACAGACAGGGAGACGGCGGCCCUUCCAGCGGUUCUGCUGCUGUGGAGUUGGGCUUCUCGCGGUCAUUUGGCUCGCACAGGUCGCGCACGUGACAGAGCCGGAGUCGUCUGGGUCUCAGCCAGAAGAGGGGGGUGUUCCAGUUCGUUCCAGACGCAGGCUGAUGCAGGAGGAGUGGACAGAAGACAACCAGACACUGGACCUUCCUAGACCAGCCAUCCAUGAGUUUCCAGAAGACAUCUUCACCAAGGAGGAGCUGAAAGGAGGAGCAGUGCUGUUACAUGUGCUGUGUGCUAUCUACAUGUUCUAUGCUCUUGCUAUUGUCUGUGAUGACUACUUUGUCCCUUCCCUGGAGAAAAUAUCAGAGAACCUGCAGCUCAGUGAGGAUGUGGCAGGGGCAACCUUCAUGGCUGCAGGAAGCUCAGCACCAGAGCUCUUCACCUCUCUCAUUGGUGUGUUCAUCACUAAAGGAGACGUGGGGGUCGGCACCAUCGUGGGCUCAGCGGUCUUCAACAUCCUGGUCAUCAUUGGUGUUUGUGGCAUCUUUGCGGGCCAGACGGUGGUUCUGACGUGGUGGUCUCUGUUCAGGGACUCCACCUACUACAUCUUCUCUGUGCUGGCUCUCAUCCUGGUUAUAUACGAUGCAAAAGUUGUCUGGUGGGAGGCCGUGCUCCUAAUGACCAUGUAUGGAGUUUACAUUCUUAUCAUGAAGUUCAACUCCCAGAUCAGGGGAUGUGUGCAACGUCGGUUUGGGGGCCCGGGUCAGUGCUGCCUUGUCAGUGAGGGACUCAGAGACGAGGAGAUGGCAGAGGACGGACUCACCUGUAACACCAACAUGGUGCUGCUCAGGAAAGGACAGCCCCAGGGUCAGGAGUCUCCUCCGGUGGUGAUGGUGGACGAGCUCCUGAUCCUCAACCCCCACCAGCUGUCCUUCUCCGAGGCCGGCCUGCGCAUAAUGAUCAGCCCCCACUUCUCCCCUCGCACCAGGCUCACCAUGGCAGGCCGUGUGCUCAUCAGUGAGAGACAGAGGCUAAUCAGGAGUCCCAACAGCCAGCUGGACGGGGAGGCCAGCCCAGUGGCAGGGGGCAUCCCUCUGAAGGGGUUGGGCUCUGGAGGUCUGGAGAAUGGGGGCAGUGUGGAGAAGCAGACCCCUGACGGGGCCAGGGUAGGGGAUGCAGGGGGGGAGAAGCCAGGAGCGGAGGGCUGUCACGCUGAGGAAGAGGAGGAUGAUGAUGAUGGGCCAUUCAGGCCUCUGCAGUGGCCAGGGGGUUGCUGUGCGCGGGUCAAGUGGCUGAUCUCGUGGCCCCUGGGCCUGCUGCUGUACUGCACUGUGCCUAACUGUGUGUACCCACGCUGGCACCGCUGGUUCAUGGUCACCUUCGUGGCCUCCACCCUGUGGAUAGCCAUCUUCUCUUACCUCAUGGUGUGGAUGGUCACCAUCAUCAGCUACACACUAGACAUCCCAGACUACAUCAUGGGCAUCACCUUCCUGGCAGCGGGCACCAGUGUGCCAGACUGCAUGGCCAGCCUCAUUGUAGCUCGGCAAGGUAUGGGGGACAUGGCGGUGUCUAACUCCAUUGGCAGUAAUAUCUUUGACAUCCUGUUGGGGCUGGGUUUUCCCUGGGCUCUGCGCACUCUGGUGGUGGACAACGGAUCAUUGGUUUACAUCAAUAACAAGGGCCUGGUGUAUUCUGUCGUCCUGCUGCUGGCCUCUGUCUUCCUCACAGUGAUGAGUGUCCAUCUGAACCACUGGAAGCUGGACCGCCGUCUGGGCCUGGGGCUGAUAUUACUCUAUGCCAUCUUCCUGCUCUGCUCCAUCUUCUUUGGGCAGAUGUGAGGCUGACGCUGGGGUCGAAGGUCAACCCUGAUUUGCCUUCCUGUCAGCUGCCACGUCCAGGAGUCCUCUGUCUCCCUGACAUACUCUGUCCUAAAGCCAAAAAAAACCCAGCCUCAGCUACAUCGUGCUACAGUUAACAUGUGAUGUUCCACAAUCAGGAUAUCCUUGGGUGACAUUGUACACAAAUACACACACACGUUUUACUAUCCUUGUGGGGACCUAAAAUUUUCCCUAACCCUAAAUAGCCUAUGUCCACAAGGGAGAAUUUUCCUUGUGGGGAUUUCCGGAUAGUUAGCCAGUCAGUCUCUCUCUCACACACACACACACACACACACACACACACACACACACACACACACACACACACACACACACACACACACACACACACACACACACACACACACACACACACACACACACACACACACACACACACACACACACACACGUUGUGUUCUUCCAUCCUUGUGGGGACCUAAAAUACAUUUCCAUUCAAAACACUAUUUUCCAUAACUCCUAACCAUAAACCACCAGCCCCUUACCCUAAUUACAACCUUAAUUGUAACCCUAAACAUAAAUCCUAAACGAGGGACAAUUUUCCUUGUUUCACUUGUGUUGACUCUUGGGGAUUUUAAGGUCCCCUCAAGGAUAGAAGAACCUACACACACACGCACACACGCACACACACACACACGCACACACGCACACACACACACACACACACACACACACACACACACACACACACACACACACACACACACACACACACACACACACACACACACACACACACACACACACACACACACACACACACACACACACACACACACACACAGCAGUCUUUUCUAUAGCACAAACCUUUUUCUUCCGAAGUUUGGUGUUUUAAUACAUAGCAACAACUAAUGUUCAGCAGUGACCAAUGGAAAAAUAAUACAGUAGACUAAUCCUGGUUUCUUGACCUUACGUUCGGAACACCCGUGUCUGUUUAAUGUAUGCCCUAGCUGACAUUGCCUUGUCGUGUGGUGAUACAGUGUGUACAUUUGUGCAAAUGUGUAGCAGUGCUGGGGUACAGUGGAGCAUAGAACUGUCAGUAAGGUACUAUGAACGAAGCAAUAAGAAAAAUGGACGUUGUUAACGUGUCAUAGAUGUACAAUAGAAGAAGUAUUCGUAAGAGAUGCAGAUUGUGUGACUAGAAUUUGUAAAGUGACUGACCAAGUUCCUCCAAAGAGGAUUCAUUAAUCAUGUUUUGCCUCAUAACAUGUACUGUUACAAACUAUACAAACUAAGUAAAUAAUAGGCUAACGUGAAAUGUAUGAUUUGAUCAUUUUUAGAAGUGUUAUUACUAUUGACGACAUGUUUCUAUGGGUGUCACAACCUUUGAUAUCAUGCGUACGGGUCUGUUGUAAUAGUUCACUACGUUUAGGGACGAUCAGUGUUUGUAUUACUGUACAAUGAUUAUUAGGUCUACAAGACCAUACUUUUUACUGUUUCUAAAUGUUUACUAAAUAUUUUACAUAGUUUUACAAAAAAUGUAUGUCAAACAGACUAGAUUUGUGGUGUUUUUGAUAUAAGCACUAAAUAAUAUAUUCUUCCCGUGAUAUUUGUGAGAAUAUCAUAUGCUGUAACUGAAAAAUGAAGUAUAUUUCUGUCACUUUGUAAAGUGACUCUAAAUAAGACUGACACUUCAGAUCAGCACAGUCCACCUAUAUCUGAUGAAAGGAGAAUAAGGUUAUAUUGAAUUGUAUCACUUUCUAAGCCACUAUUCUAUUUAAGCCAGCUAAGAUCCUUUUUAGCACUGAACCUCCUUGAUUUAGUAUCUUUAUUUAUUAUUCCCAAGAGAUUUCAUAUAUUUCUUUUGUCAAGUGCUUGUGAUUACAAUACUUAAUGGUUUGCUCUGCAAAAUAGUAUAUUCUCAAAAACGUAUAGGUAUUUAUUUACAGCAUGAAUAUGAUUUCCUGAAAUAAUUUAGAUUUCAGAUCAGAUCAAAUGACAAACUUUUUGCCAAAUGAAAGGAUUGUAGAAUACAUUCUUUAUGUGAUCGGACUAUUGCACUGAACAAAAACAUAAAUGCAACAUGCAACCAUUCCAAAGAAUGUACUGAGUUACAGUUUAUAUAAGGAAAUUGAAAUAAAUGCAUUAGGCCCUAAUCAAUGGAUUUCACAUGACUGGGCAGGGGCACAGCCAUGGGUGGGCCUGGGAGGACAUAGGCCCAACCACUUGGGAGUCUGGCCCAUCUACUGAGGAGCCAGCCCCAGCAAAUCAGUAUACGCUUUUCCCCACAAAAGAGCAUUAUUACAGACAGGAGUACUCCUCAGUUUCAUCAGUUGUCUGGGUGGCUGGUCUCAGACGAUCCUACAGGUGAAGAAGCCGGAUGUGGAGGUCCUGGGCUGGCAUGGUUACACGUGCUCUGCGGUUGUGAGGCCGGUUGGA